AGCCCUUAUCUUCAUCUAUUUUUAUUAUAUAUAUAUAUAUAUAUUUUAUAUUUAUUAUUUAGAAUGCUUAUUAAAGAAUACCGUAUAGUUAAUCCUUAUACUCAAAGUGAAUAUCAAAUAGGUCAGUUAUAUGCUACAGCCAUGGCUUCAAAAGAACAAACUGGUGGUGGUGAAGGUGUAGAAGUAUUGAAAAAUGAACCUUAUGAAAAGGAAAAUGGAGAAAAAGGUCAAUACACAUAUAAAGUCUUCCACUUGGCGUCCAAAGUUCCUUCCUAUGUUCGUGCUGUGAUUCCUGCAAGUGCAUUGGAAAUAUAUGAAGAGGCUUGGAACGCGUAUCCUUAUUGUAAAACAGUUUUGACGAAUGGAUACAUGAAAGAAAGUUUUUCAAUUACUUAUGAAACACUUCAUGUAGAUGGAUCUCGUGGGGAAUUGGAUAAUGCUCUCAAUAUAUCAAGUCAAGAUCUUGCUAAGCGAGAAGUGAUUCAUAUUGAUAUUGCCAAUGAUCCUAUUGAUACCUCCGAAUACAAACCUGAAGAAGACCCCAAAUAUAUUCAUUCUUUUAAAGCUGAACGUGGUCCUUUGGUGGGUGAUUGGAUUAAAAAUUGUGAACCUGUGAUGACUUGCUAUAAGUUAGUAUAUAUUGAAUUCAAAUGGUUCGGUCUUCAAACAAGAGUGGAAUCAUAUUUAGCUGGUGCAAUUCGUGGUAUGUUUACCAAAUUUCAUAGACAAUUGUUUUCUUGGUUGGAUAAAUGGUAUGGCAUGAAAAUGGAGGAUAUUCGUGAAUUAGAAAAACAAAUUAAAGCAGAAUUGGAUAUUAGACGAAAUGCAGGUCUAGAUGGUACCUCUGUCUCUUCUAAAAGUGGCAACCUAUCAAGCAGCAAACAGUCUUCCUCUAGUUAUUUAUCAACUAAAGAAUAAUUUUUUUUAGAAAUAGUAUAGUUUAGUAGUUGUUUAUUUUACAUUUGAUUUUUUCUUUUUUUUUUGAUAUAUAAUAAAGAAUAUACUUUUUUUUUUUUUACU